UGCCAUUGUGAAGUCAUGUUCUGUAGAUUCUUUCAAGUAUCUCUCUCUUGCACAUACACACACAUUAAAACAAGACUGAGCCUCUACUCAAGAAACACAGAGUGAACAAAGAGGAAGUAGGAGAUGGCAUCCCAAGAGAAGACGAAGGGGAAGAUGAAACUGAAAAUGAGGCAGAAUCUGCACUUGGUUAUGAUGAUGAUGAAGAAGAAACUGAACACUGAUACUGAGUAAGAGCAAGGACCAAGCCAUUUUAAGGGAGAGGCUUUUCUCCGCUUUGAAUAACAGCAGAACUCAUAACCGUUCAAAUUAUAUAAUGACUCAGAGAUGUGCGAGUUGACAUUUACAGCUUUAAAGACAAACAUGCUUCUUUAAAAAGGAUAUGUGUGGAAUUCUCUUUCAAGUGAGAUUGGACAGGCCGUAUCCCUACAAAGUGAAACCAAAAAAAAAGAGAAGACGUGGCAUGUCAAGGGAUGUUGAACUGGAAGAUGAAACUGAGCAUGAGCCAGAAUCUGCACUUGAUUAUGAUGGUGAUGAAGAAGAGGAAGAAGAAGAAGAGGCUGAAGAUUAUGAGGAAGAAAGCGAACAGCAAUAUUUAUUAUAUUGUGAAGAAGACAUGAACAACAACAAGAUUGAAACUAAAGUUGGUGUACAAGAGUGGCCUGAUGGUUCUCGCUAUAGAGGAGAAUUUGCAUUGGAUCUAAAACUUGGGUAUGGAGAAUUUGCGUGGGACAAUGGUGAGAGAUAUGUGGGGCAGUUUUAUAAAGAUCACCGUCAUGGCAAAGGGGUUUACUUCUGGCCUGAUGGCUCCAAAUUUAUAGGGUCAUUUUAUCUUAGCCGUAAAGAAGGCUAUGGUGUCAUGGAGUUUAAUGAUGGAAGAAAAUUUCAGGGGCUUUACAAGGGGGAUGAGCGGUUUGGACCAGGAAUUGAAACCCAUCCAGAUGAUAGUCAAGACAUUGGAUUGUGGCAUCGAAAUCAUAUAAUUAAACUAUGUACGGAAAUACCUGGAUAUUUCACUCUUGCGGAUUUCCCAGAACUUAGUGUCUAUUUUGAUGCUGAGACCAGCAGAGAGUAUAUUUCAGAGGAUACGCAUAAGUUUUGGGAUCUGAAUGAGGAGAAGGACCCAUUUUUCUACCACUACAAGCGUCUUCUUUUAGAUGAUGAUAGCUACACAUUGCCUGAAAACCUGUACAUAUACUCAAUUGAUGCGGAUAAUCUUCCUCAUACUAAGACCUUUCUGAAAGACUUUGAUUGCCAGUAUUUUAAGGAAAAGAAACGGUUGGCUUAUGAAAAACUAUGGCCUAUAACCAAUAUAACACCUUUCUUGGUCAAGAUGCAGAAACACAUCUAUAGAUAUAGGCAUUACCAGAAGGAUGUAGACUGGGAUGUUAAUUUCAUUUUGGAAGGCUACCGGAAUGGCUUUGGAGAGAAAGGUCCCAAAGAGCUUGCUGGUGAAGAGCUGAUUAAGAAGGCAGCCGAAGGAAACUAUAAUAGAGUUGAUGAGAUUCUGAUGGACAACCUGGCCCCCCCAGAUAUAGCAGAUGUACAUGGAUAUACUGCCCUUGCUGCUGCUGCUAUGAAUUACCAUGAUGACAUCAUCAACCUUCUUCUUGAUAAUGGGGCUGAUGUGAAUAAAUGUAGUGAUGAAGGAUUAUCAGCUCUUUCUAUGUGUGUUAUUCAUUAUUUCCCAGAAGAAUCAUUUCAGCCCAACAUUGCUGAAAGGAACUUCUCUCGAAGAGAGGCGAUGGAAGAAAUGCCAGAAGACAUAUCUCCAGGAUCUAUGCCAUUUUCGCAGUCGGAGUCCUCUCAACCAUCUCAGCCGAGUACAGAAUUGAAAGGAUCCUCUUCUGCCAGCCAUGCAUCACCAGAAGCACCGUUGAGCUCUGCUGAAAAGUCAGAACGUGACACAUAUGUUAAGUCAUCUGAGGAAUCAGAGAGCAGCGCUGUGGAAAAGAGCUCUGAGACAAAUUGUGGCAUUUACAACUUCAAGAUUCAGGUUUCAGUAGAAGCCAUGCAGCGCGGUGCAGCUGCUCUUAGUGAACACAUGUUAAAAGUGCCAUACUUCGCUGACUGCGAAGGGCUCAUUCAGCAGGAAGGCACUCUGGGAAGAAUGGCAGCAUCAAUAACAGAACACGCAAAGAGACUGGCUACUAUCAAGCUGUUGCUCAGGAGAGGUGCAGAUCCCAAUAUGUGCAGAAUCCCUAUGUAUGUCCUCUUCUUUGCUGUUAAAGCUGCAGAUCCAAAUGCAGUGAGAUUUCUUUUAGAAGCUGGAGCAAGGACUGAUAUACGACUUCCGACCAGACUUGGAGGCACGGCUCCUCUUCAUAUUGCUGCUGCUCUUCCUGGUGAAGAAGGGGUUGAAAUAACAAGCUCACUACUUCAUUCAGCUACAGAUCCUAACGUAAGGGCAGAGGAUGAGAAUGAUAUAUAUGGGCCUGAUAGGACUUCAUACAAGAAUGAGCUUACUGAAAAUAUAUCUAUGAUUAAAAUGAAUAAUGAAAUGGGACCACCCAAAAACUACUACAAAGAAUGUGCCAUUAUCCCAGAGGAAGGUGGGAGGACUCCUCUUCAUAUUGCAUGUGAGAGGGAAGAUGAUUAUGAGAAUGCAAGCAGAGUUGUUCGUCUUCUUUUAGAACACAAUGCAAAUCCAAAUGUCUUGUGGAGUGGCCACUCCCCUCUUUCUCUGGCUAUAGCUAGUGGAAAUGAUCAGGCAGUGGCUGAGCUUCUGGCUGGUGGAGCUGAACCAAAUCUCCCACUAGGCCAAGCAGUUGGAAGUGCCCUGUGUGCUGUCGCUAACACAACAUAUGAAUUUAAGAGGACGCUAGCAAGUAAGAUUGCAUUGAUUAAUUCUCUAAUAGCAGGAGGUGCAGACAUGUUGAUGCCAAUUACUAUUGGGGAUGAGACAAGAACUGCAGUGGGAACAGUGGUGGACUAUGCACAUUUCAGAAUCUAUCAGGAUAAGAGAAUGCUCCAUACACCGUACCAUGCCCUAUCGCCAACGGAGCGGGAAACCUUCACCAGCCGUAAAAAGUUGUUGGAGUACCUCAGUGAACGGCUUCGAGAGUGCGUCACGUCGAGAGAAAAACAGUGGGAUAGAGAGGAAAUUCGAAGACUCAAAUACGGAAGAAGGAAAUCUGGAGCGGGAGCAAUGGACGCAGAUGCACCCAAAGUCUUUAAAUAUUGCUACCAAUGUGGACGAUCAGUUGGUGUGAACCUCUCAGUAUGCACGCGCUGUUUUGAGAUCUACACCUGCAGCAAGACUUGUAAAGUGAAGGCUUGGAAUGAGCGUCAUAAGAGAGAAUGUGUCCUAGUGCGGAUAACCAAGUCUGGUCGGAUUCAGAAGGGCAAAGUGGCUCCAACCAGAAAGAAGAAGGAAGGCAAAGAGGGAGAGAGUGAAAGAGCCAGACGUAGAAAAGAGGAGGAGGAGAAAAGGAAGAAGAAGCAAUUGAAAGAUGUGACAAAACAACUGAAAGAGGCAGUGUCAAAACACCCUGAGAAGAGCAGCAGCCAUGCAGAUCUCCCUUAUACUGGGAACUAUAGUUACAUUUAAACGCUUCUACCUUUUACUGGUACAGCUCAGCUGUAAUUUGAUGUGAAAAAUACUACAUAAGGGAGAAUGGGGGGGAAAGGACGCUAGAAGAUAUAAUCAAAGGAACUUUGCAUUCUUGUGUCAGUACUGAAACCCAUUUACAUUAUUUAAAGUGAGGUUGGGUAACGUG